CAAAAAAAACUAAAGUAUAUAUUAUGUUAUUAUGUAUAUGAGAUGAAAACAUUUUAUAAGAUUUUCUUUUAUAGAGAUAUUUAAUUGAAAAUAUAUUAGUAUUAAAUAAAUACCUACUUUAACAAUUCGCUUAUAUACAAUCUAAAUCUAAACAUUUAUAAGGAAAAAAUAUUAAAAAAAUAAAUAUUUUAAGAAAAGAAGUAACGCCACCAAACCUUCCUCUUUAGAAAUGGAAACAAAUUAAUCCCAUCAUUAGAAAACAAAAACAAAAACUGAAACGACAUUAGGACCGUCCGAUCAAAAAAGUGACCGUUAAGGCGCUUCUCUAUCUCAUUUCAAACCGUCUCGAAAUAAAAACCUACAAAAAUAGGAAGAAGCCAAAAGGCAACCAAACGUUUCAAAACACAGAGAAUACAAACACAACACAGAGGCGCCUCUCACUCUCAUCCUCACUCAUCAAUUCAAGGAAAAGAAUUUUUGAAGUUUGUCUCUUUGAGCUUUUCAAUGUCAAAAAUGAAGUACGACCGUAAGCCUCCCUUGGCUAAAUCUCCAAUCCGGGUCCGUCCCGGUCGUGUGCUCCGAUCCACCACUACCACUUCUUUGCAAUCUCCUCCAGGUUCUUUAAUCAAGUCUCAGAAGCUAAAUCCUGGUCCAGACAUGGAAGAAUUGGAUCUCCGGCCGGAGUAUCGCUCCAUAUCCUGGGAGUUAAGGGCUCUAGCAAGGAUGGUGCAGGACGAAUUUGGAAAAGAAAAUGCAACAAAUGCAGGGGAAAGGAAAAGUUUAAGUGCUAACUCAAGUCCUUUAUUUGAGAGAGGAAGGUUUUAUGAUGUUUACUCUGCGAGGAGAAAUGAGAGACUGAAGAGAAAGACUGGGGAGACAGGUGAAGAAGGAGUGAAAACUCCGCACAAUCUCGGAGUAAAUAUUGAAUCUUCUAAGAAAAGGGAUACUAAAAAGCUUCAAAGUUUGAGAAAAUCAGUGUCUGCUGCUUACUCUGUGGAGAGCAGUGAGAUCCCUAGGUAUUCUUUGAGAAGUUUGAGUAAGGAGAAUAAGAAGCCUCCUUUGCCUGUCAAUUAUGAGAAAUCUGUUCUUGCAAAUGAAAAGAAAGUUGGGGCUCGAAGGGUUAGGAAAGUCUGAAUGUUUUAGAAAUCUCUCCUUUUUUAUUUUUGGAUUUAGGAAUAACGGGAUUCCUUUCGCAUUUUGUGGUUUUGUUAUUGACUUUAUGGUUUUAAGAAAAUACUUGAACUUUGACGAUC